UCUAACCCACUUGCGGUAGAAACUCCGUCCGCGCCGAUCCGUUUCAUGACAGGCGGGAGACAUUGGCCAGAACGAGAGAGAUCAUCGUUCCCCUUUGGAAGAACACAGUGAACCCUGAAGACCCGAGUACUGGAGCGGUAUCUAUGCAAGCGAGUGGCUCUCUAUCUCGGCUGCAGCAGCAUCUCACGGAUCGGAGAGGACUUCUUGCCAUUGAAGAAGCACUGGAUAUGUUGAGGUUAACGUAACAAGAUGGAUCUUAUAACGUGUGUUCUGGGUCUGCUGGCGCUGCUGGCGGACGGCAUCCGUUGCCAAGGAGUCUACGCACCCCCAAGCGUGCGCAUCGUACACUCAGGUCAUGCUUGUAACGUGGAAGAGGAGCGGCACACAGAGAGGGUCUACACCAUCCGCGAGGGGGAAACUCUGGAGCUCACCUGCCUGGUCACGGGCCACCCCCGGCCUCAGAUCCGCUGGACCAAGACGGCGGGCAGCGUGUCAGACCGCUUCCAGGACUCCAGCGUGUUCAACGAGACGCUGCACAUCGCAAAGAUCCUGAGGACCCAGGGCGGGCGCUACUACUGCAAGGCCGAGAACGGCCUGGGCUCCCCCGCCAUUAAGUCCAUCCGGGUGGACGUCUACUACCUGGACGACCCGGUGGUGACGGUGCACCAGAGCAUCGGCGAGGCCAAGGAGCAGUUCUACUACGAGCGGACGGUGUUCCUGCGCUGCGUGGCCAACUCCAACCCGCCGGUGCGUUACAGCUGGCACCGCGGCAGGGAGGUGCUGUCGCAGGGCUCGGACAAGGGCGUGGAGAUCUACGAGCCCUUCUUCACACAGGGGGAGACAAAGAUCCUGAAGCUGAAGAACCUGCGGCCCCAGGACUACGCCAACUACAGCUGCAUCGCCUCCGUCCGCAAUGUCUGCGGCAUCCCCGACCGCAGCGUCAUCUUCAGGCUCACCAACAAGACCGCCUCGCCGACCAUCAAGCUGCUGGUGGAGGACCCCAUCGUGGUGAACCCGGGCCAGACGGUGUCCCUGGUGUGCAUCACCACGGGCGGGGAGCCGUCGCCGCUGCUGAACUGGGCCAGCAGCAACGACAGCCUGCCCCCCCGGAGCCUGGUGAAAGGCGGGACCCUCACGCUGCCCGCCAUCACCUCGGACGAGGCGGGGGUCUACAGCUGCGUGGCCAGCAACAACGUGGGCAACCCGGCCAAGAAGUCCACCACCAUCGUGGUCCGAGGCCGGGGGCUGGAGGUGUGCGGCCCGGAGGCUGGGCCACUCACCCCCUGCCCCGGGCGGGCAGACGGGGCUCAGCCCGGCUCUGAUGGGGGCGCUGAGAGCUGCCAGACACACACCGCAGAGAUCCCAGUGGUGCUCAUGCCUGGACACACACACGCUCACGACCACGUCGGCACAGGCAAGGUGGAGUUACCCUUUAUCUCCGGCGGCGAGGCUAUUAAUGCAGAGUGUGGCGAGUCACAUUACAAACCCCUAACAACUCUGGCAAGGCAAGCAAGCCUCGACACUACGCUUUUUCUCCUGCGGGCCCGGGGAGUUAAGCUCCACAAUCAGCCGAGCAAGACGUCGAGAGACCUGGACGACCCGGUGGUGACGGUGCACCAGAGCAUCGGCGAGGCCAAGGAGCAGUUCUACUACGAGCGGACGGUGUUCCUGCGCUGCGUGGCCAACUCCAACCCGCCGGUGCGUUACAGCUGGCACCGCGGCAGGGAGGUGCUGUCGCAGGGCUCGGACAAGGGCGUGGAGAUCUACGAGCCCUUCUUCACACAGGGGGAGACAAAGAUCCUGAAGCUGAAGAACCUGCGGCCCCAGGACUACGCCAACUACAGCUGCAUCGCCUCCGUCCGCAACGUCUGCGGCAUCCCCGACCGCAGCGUCAUCUUCAGGCUCACCAACAAGACCGCCUCGCCGACCAUCAAGCUGCUGGUGGAGGACCCCAUCGUGGUGAACCCGGGCCAGACGGUGUCCCUGGUGUGCAUCACCACGGGCGGGGAGCCGUCGCCGCUGCUGAACUGGGCCAGCAGCAACGACAGCCUGCCCCCCCGGAGCCUGGUGAAAGGCGGGACCCUCACGCUGCCCGCCAUCACCUCGGACGAGGCGGGGGUCUACAGCUGCGUGGCCAGCAACAACGUGGGCAACCCGGCCAAGAAGUCCACCACCAUCGUGGUCCGAGCGUUGAAGAAAGGGCGUUUCUGGAUCACGCCCGACCCCUACCACAACGAUGACAACAUCCAGAUCGGACGCGAGGUCAAGAUAUCGUGUCAGGUGGAGGCCACGCCCCCGGAGGAGCUGAUGUUCAGCUGGCUGAAGAACGGCCGCGCCCUGCGCAGCUCGGAGCGCAUGGUCAUCACGCAGACGGACCCCGACAUCUCCCCCGGGACCACCAACCUGGACAUCAUCGACCUCAAGUUCACCGACUUCGGCACCUACACCUGCAUGGCGGCGCUGCGGGGCGGCGGCAUCCCCGAGAUCAGCAUCGACGUCAACAUCUCCUCCACUACUGUUCCCCCCAACCUGACCGUGCCGCGGGGCAAGUCCCCGCUGGUGGCUCGGGAGGGGGACACGGUGGAGCUGGAGUGCCUUGUUUCAGGGAAGCCAAAGCCCAUCAUACUGUGGUCGCGGGCCGACAAGGAGGCGCCCAUGCCCGACGGCGGCAUGCAGACGGAGAGCUACGACGGCGUGCUGCGCGUGGUGAACGUGUCGCGCGAGAUGACGGGCUCGUACCGCUGCCAGACCAGCCAGUUCAACGGCUUCAACGUCAAGGCCCGCGAGGCCCUGGUGGAGCUCAUCGUCCAGUUGCGACCCCCCCCCCACAGAAACAACCCCAACACUCCACCUCUCCGUGAGGCAUUAAGCGCGUGCUCUCCUCCCUAUGCACCGGCUUCGUGUGGCCCUCCGACGGGCCUCCAGCGCUGGUGGGAGCAGGAGAUCCCCGUGGAGGGGGCCAUCACCAAGGGGGAGCUCAUCACCCACAACCUGACGGAGCUCAUCAAGCCCGAGUCCUACGAGGUGCGUCUGACCCCCAUCACCCACUACGCCGAGGGGGACUCCACCACGCGCAUCAUCACCUACAGCGCGCCCAUCAACCCUCAUCUGAGAGAGUUCCACUGCAGCUUCGAGGAGGAGCCCAUCUGCAUGUUCACGCAGGACAAGAACGACGACUUUGACUGGACGCGGCACAGCGCCGCAACACGAGACACCAAGUACACGCCCAACACGGGCCCCAGCGGGGACCGCAGCGGCUCCAAGCAAGGUUUCUACAUGUACAUCGAGACGUCGCGGCCACGAAAGGAAGGGGACCAGGCGAGGCUCAUCAGUCCCUUCUUCAACGUGGCGCCAAAGACCCCCUACGGCAUCACCAACCCCCCGGCCUACUGCCUGGGUUUCUUCUACCACAUGUACGGCAAACACAUCGGUACGCUGAACGCCUUCCUGAAGCAGAAGGGACAGACCACCACCGAGGGUGCGGCAUGGUCCCUCACCGGUAACCAAGGCGACCGAUGGAAGCAGGCCAAAGUCAGCAUCCACCCGUCCUCAUCCUUCCAGGUGGUGAUAGAGGGAGUCCGUGGGCCAGGUAUCGAGGGAGACAUCGCCAUCGACGAUGUUACCCUGGAGGAGGGCGAGUGUCGAGACCCACCGCCCAAUCUGAGAUCUUCGGCUCCGCCCGCCGUCAUCGCCCAUAUAUGGCUGCUGUUCGCCGCCCUGGCGAUGACCCUCCUGGGAGGUCAGAGGUGACCUCUCCCCCACACAGGCCCUCCAACCCUGUCGCCUCGGGGGCGAACCGUCCCACCCCGACGUCUGUGAGCUGGUCCCCUCGGCAUCACAUCACCAAAGAACCAUGCAUCCCGGACCCUGCGACCGGACAAGGAGGGAAGAUCUUAAAAAAAACUCAACUAAAAACGUAUCGAGAGAAAAGCCGAAAAAAAACUAGUUCCCGAACACACAAGAAGUAAUAAGGGAGAGUUGUGAUGCUUUUUUUUUCUCGUUUUUCUAAAAAAAAAAGACUACUUUUUUAAAUGGAGGGCGCAGGACUCUGGAACUCCUUCGCAAAGCACAGAGACAGGGGGAGGGGGGUACGUUGGAUCCCACCCUGGACUUUGGUGCACACGGAUGAAAAGAGGGAGCUUGCAAACAGAACCCUUUGUAAAGCACAAGAACCAUCUCACCGCUGGACCGAGAAAAAAGACAUGAACUUGUUUCAAAGGUCCAAGGGGAUUUUUGUUGUAUUUUCCGCAGAGGAGGAGGAGGAGGAGGAGCAGGAGGAGGAGGUUAAACACCUGAAUCCCCUGCUUUGUAUUCACAUGGAUUCAGACCUUCCUCUCUGUAUGCGCCCACCAUCAUCGACUUCAGCAUCA